AUGGGAAUUGAAGAAGACGUUGAAGAAAACAAGAACAUCUUGUCACAGUACGAUCAAGAGCAUGUUAUGAAUAUGGGUCGUAUGUUUGCAAAGGCCUAUGAUUUGGAUCCAGAGCUAUUCGCAAGAGGUGCUGCAGUUGCUCAGAGACCAAAAUCAUUUGCAAAAAUGGACAUCUUAUCAGAGGAUGAGAAAGAAGCCCUUCAGAGAGAGAUUGAUCAUCCUUGGGACAUUCCAGCAAAGCUAUGGCAAAUUGUCCUCUCUGUAUCCCUGUGUGCUGCAACACAAGGUGCUGAUGAGACUGUCAUCAACGGUGCGAAUCUAUUCUAUCCCGCAUACAUGGGUAUAGACGAUGAUGAUGAAAGAUCCCGCUGGCUGCAAGGCCUGGUGAAUGGAUCUCCAUAUCUCUUCUGUGCUCUUGUUGGCUCGUUCAUUACUGAUCCUCUGAACAAGAGAUUCGGUCGUAAGUGGGUGAUCUUUUGGUCCUGUUUCUUCUCCUGUAUUACAUGUUUUUGGCAAGGUUUUGUUGACAGGCAUUGGUUCCAUCUGUUCAUAGCUCGAGGCUGUCUGGGUGCCUUGGGUCUAGGACCUAAGUCUGCAACAGUUCCAGUUUACUCUUCAGAGGCGGCACCAGCAGCAAUUCGUGGUGCACUGACAAUGCUAUGGCAGUUUUUCACGGCAAUGGGGAUUGCCUUAGGUUAUGUCUUUUGUAUAGCAUUCUACUACGUUCCAGAACACAAUAUUGGUGGUGGUUUGAAUUGGCGUUUGAUGCUUGGCUCCGCCAUGUUACCAGCGUUGCUGGCCCUGGCUCAGAUCCCAUUUUGUCCAGAAUCGCCACGUUGGUUGAUGGGUAAAGGUCGCUUCACUGAAGCAUGGACAUCACUUCGUUCCAUCAGGAAGCACGAUAUCACUGCAGCAAGAGACCUGUUUUACCAAUAUGUCCUGUUAAAGGAAGAAGAAGGAAUGGAUAUGCCAGCCUCCCAACGCUUGAAGGAGUUGUUUACCGUCAGACGAAACCGUAAUGCAACCAUUGCAUCGUUCAUUGUAACUUUCAUGCAACAGUUCUGUGGUAUCAACGUCAUUGCUUAUUACUCAUCAUCGAUCUUUGUUGAAGCUGAUUUCGCAGAAAUAAACGCCCUUGGUGCAUCCUUAGGGUUCGGUGUGUUAAAUACAGUCUUUGCUCUUCCUGCCUUCUUUACUAUCGAUCGUUUUGGAAGAAGAUUCCUAUUGCUGAUGACAUUCCCCUUGAUGGGGGUGUUUCUAUUCCUGGCAGGCUUUUCCUUCUGGAUUCCAGAGGAGUCUCAAGAUGGGAGGGUUGCCUCUAUAUGUUUGGGAAUAUACAUUUUCACAAUCUUCUACUCUUUUGGAUCUGGCGUUGUGACGUUCCCGUAUACAGCUGAAUGUUUCCCAUUGUACAUUCGUACACUUGGAACCUCUAUCGCAAUCGGAAAUCUAUGGUUCUGGAACUUCAUUCUUGCCAUUACAUGGCCUUCCUUGUUAGAUGCGUUCCAACCACAAGGUGCAUUUGGGUGGUAUGCUGCUUGGAACUUUGUAGGGUUUUUCUUGGUACUAUGGUUCCUUCCAGAAACAAAGUCCCUCACACUUGAAGAGCUUGACGAAGUGUUUGAUAUCCCACUAAUGGACCACGCACGGUACCAAACAAGGGAGAUUGUGGAUGUUUUCAAAGUGUAUGUGAUGAGAAGAAGCAUUGUAAGACAACCCCCAUUCUAUGAAAAGCAUAGACUGGCGGUCACAAACGACGCAUGGAACGAGAAACCAGCACCUCAACAUGUCGAAUGA